UUGCCUCCCUAAACUUCAACGGUAAUCUUCGAAACGGUGGGGAAGCUGCUUUUGGUUGCUCUAUAAGAAGAUAUGGCCGUGACUUUGAAAUAACUGGUAUAUUGCGAAAUAUCUUCUCAGGAGACGCGUACAAAAAUUAGAAAUGGGUGGCAGUAGAUUAUUCGUAAGCAAAUUAUGUGGAGCAGUUUUGUUGGAACUUUGUCUGAUUUUGUCAGUUGUGUGUGAACAAUCAGGAAGCAAUGCCUUGCCAACAGCAGAAAACUCAAGAUGUCUAAAACCAACAGGACAGUUUCCAAGUAAAGCAUGUAAUAAAUUCGUCAAUUGUUGGUCUGGAAUAGCGAUCGAGCAAAAUUGUCCAGACGGUCUUUUGUUUAGUUCCAGAGGGUAUUGUGAUCAUCCCCAAAACGUAAACUGCAAUGGACGACCGAUAGAAGGAACGACUUCCAUAUUUAGCGAUACGGUACCGUCAUCAACGUCUCCACCUUUAUCAGUUGGGCCAUCCAGUACUACUACGUGGGCUACUCCCACGUCAUCCUCUUCUGCAACCAUUAUACAAUCGCCAGACCAGUCUUUAAAGAAAAAAUGUCUCAAAGCAAGAGGACAGUUUCCAAGCACUUAUUGUAAUAAAUAUUUGAAUUGCUGGGACGAUACAGUGGUGGAGCAAGAAUGUCCAGAAGGGUUGUUAUUUUCCCCAAAAGGAUAUUGCGAUUACCCAGCUAAUGUUAAUUGUGGAGAUAGAGUUAAAUCUGAAGUCGCCUUGUCUGAAAAUGCCUCCCCCUCGGAAUGUCCUCUGGAGUAUGGAACAUUCAGAGAUAAAACAAAUUGCAGUUCCUACUUUACUUGUGCUGGAAAUAAGGUUGUUUCGAGAUAUGGUUGCCAUGAGGGGUUCAAAUUUAAUGAUAAUAUUGGAGUUUGCGACUAUGAAAAUAGGGUGGAUUGUUCAAAGGAACCGCUAAUCUUCCAAAGGCAAACCAACAAUUUGGGUUCGGACGUUAAAGAUGACCAAAUCGAUUCUGAUUGCGCUGUAGAAUUUGGAACGUUCAGGGAUAAGAACAAUUGUAGCACUUACUAUACUUGCGUAGCAUAUAAAAUCAUUUCCAAACAUGAUUGCCCACCUGGUUUCUAUUUCAAUGACGACAUAGGUGUUUGCGACUACUUCAACAGGGUGAACUGUGAACAGCCUCCUAAGAUUUUUCAACUGAGAAGUAAUUUCGUUCAGCAACUGCCAGAAGAAUAUAUGAAAAAAAUCAAUGACUGUACACCUGGGACUAUAGUACGCCUAAAUCCACAAUGCACAGCUGCAUGUUUAUGUCGAAACGGAGUAGCCGAGAUUAUUCAAUGUCCGGCAGGAUUUGCGUAUGAUUCUUUGUCAGAUAAAUGCGUUUCGCCACACUUAGCUAACUGCUGAAAAGGUGGAGAGAUCUACAAUUCUCAUUACUCACUAGCAGGGAUGGAGUAACAGUAACAAUAAAUUUUCACAUAUUCGAAUCUGGAUGGAGGGAAAAUUUUCGAUGGGAUCUGCGUUCAAAAAUCCUGACUUUCAAAUGACAAAUUUGCAAUGCAAGAAUGUCUGCGUUGCCAAAGUUUUUCGCAUGUCACCAAGUAUAUUUCUAAAUUUUAUAUUAGGAGCACACAAAAGGCAAAAGUGACUGCUAGAACAAACUUUCUGGAAGAGGACAGCCAGCUGGAAAUGACUGUAAUAAUUAUUGCAAAGUACGAAGUUCAGUUAAUUUUACACUAGAGGUCGUGAACGGGUAACACUUCCAUCCUAGUUUUUCCUUAUCUUAGGUUUAUUCCCUAGUUUUUCGAGAUCUUGUUGCUCAAGUUGAAAUCUCAAUUGAAAAAGUCAAGAUCUCGAGAGAAAACUCAAGAUGAAGUGAAGUGAAGUUAGGUUAGGUUAGGUUAGGUUAGGUUGAAACCAAAACACUUACUGGGUUGGUGGCAGUGAUUUAUAUUAUAUUUCAAGUGUUUUGUAAGUUUCUUGAUAAAUAUUACUAGUUACCUAAUUGACUUUCCAUUGUUUACGAUUGAAUAAACUGUUUUCAAGUUUUUUUAUUCACUUUCAUUUAUUUGUUUGUCACAGGAAAAUAAUCUUUUUUGAUUGCCAUGCAUUUUUACUAGUUUUCAGACCAAGCUUGGCUCUAAGCAAAAUACUUCAUCUCUAUUUAUACCUAAACAUCUUUGGUAUGCAAACAUCACACUCGGGAUGAUGCACUUGAAUGUUGAAACAAUUUUGCUUGCAUUAGAAAAAGGAAUACUCAGUUCUCUCAACCGACUUUUUAUUUCGCCAAUAUACUUGAAGGUGUUCUCAAAAAGUUUCCCAAAUUUGCUUGAAUUAUCCUAUGAUGAUAUACUUACUUCAAUACAUACUCACUUCGAAUAAGACAUUGCGAUAACUUUAAUCUGACCAAAGUCUACUGGGAUUCGUUGAGUGAUUCUUCACUGGAUGAAUCAGUUUCAUUAGGAUUGAUGACAACUGAAAUAAUUUUUUCUCAUAAUGAAUCCAUGCGAUCAUCCAGAUCCCACAUCUAUGCUUCGAUUCUGAUUGAUUUGUGGAUACAUUUUUCCCAAGCUUUUUAGUCGACUGUUUCCAGAGCACUGUAUUGGUAUUUCUUUACUUCACACAGCUUGAAGGUCUUAUUAUUCCUCACGAUGAAUACUUUAACUUGAGCCCAAACCAACUCUAUUGGAAUCAAUUCACAGUGAUAAGGCGGCAACCAAAGAACCGACAUUCCUUUAGUCUUCGCCACCUCAUCGGUGACAUACCUGACGAAUUUUGACUUAUGACGUUUAGCCAAGUUGAGGAGCUCCGCUUUCAACAUGGUCGAUUCAAAAGGAAUAGUUCUCAUUUGUAACCACUCAGUAAUAUCUGCUUUCUUCCAACACGACGUCGGCAGCUUCUCGACUCGUCUACUGUGGUAACUUGCGUUAUCCAUUACUAUUACGAAUCCCUGCGGAAGUUUUACAAGUAUGUUUUUAAACCAUUCAUUGAAUACUGUGGCAUCCAUUUCUUGAUGACAAUUCCCUU